AUGCUGCAGCAGAUCGAGGUCUUCAACUUCAAGUCCUACCGAAGACAUCAAGUCAUCGGACCGUUCAAGACGUUCACAUGUGUUAUCGGACCUAAUGGUGCGGGCAAGUCCAACCUCAUGGACGCGAUCUCGUUCGUCCUUGGUGUCAAGAGUUCCCAUCUGCGGAGUGGACAACUGAAAGAUCUCAUCUAUCGCGGUCGCAAGCUAGGAAGAGAGGAUGGUGCAGAAGAGGCGGAGGAUGUUGAAGAGUCGGGUGAUGGUGACGGUGACAAGGCUUGGGUAGCUGCUGUGUACGAGGACGAGAACGGGAAGGCGUACCGGUUCCAACGAAACAUCUCCCUAACUGGAGCUUCUGAGUAUCGUAUCAACAACAAGGUUGUUACUUACCAUGCAUACAACUCCGUUCUCGAGCAACAACAAAUCCUUGUCAAGGCGCGCAACUUCCUGGUUUUCCAGGGUGAUGUCGAGGCCGUUGCAAGCCAGAGCUCCAAGGAUCUGUCGCGUCUCAUAGACCAGAUUUCUGGAUCGCUUGAGCUUUCACCUGAAUACGAGAGGGCAAAGGCUGCCCAGGAGCGCGCCACUGAGAACGCAACCUUCAACUACACCAAACGUCGUGGUAUCGCGACUGAUAUCAAGCAGUACAGAGAGCAGAAGACGGAGGCCGAGAAGUUUGAGCGACUUGUUUCCGAGAAGGAUGCGCUCAUUGUGAACCGACUGUUGUUGAAACUAUAUCAUAUCCAAGGCACCAUUGAAAACAACACGGAACAGAUCAAGGCGAAAAACCAGGAGCUUGCUGCUAUGCGAGCCGAGCAGACGAAGCUAGAUGCUGCUCAUGACAAGGCACGAAAGCAGCAAGCAGAGCAGCACAAGGCCACUAUGCAGGCAGAUAAACAGAUCAAAAAAGCGGAGAAGUCUUUAGAAGAGAAACGGCCACGGGUUGUGGAGCUCAAUGCUCAGAUUGAACACGCACAAUCCAAGGCUCGGAAGGCACUAGCACUGGCUGAGCCAACGCGCCGUGAUAUCGGGAAAGGAGAAGAGGCCGUUGAGAAGCUGACUACUGAUUUGACCGCUGUUCAAAAAGCGGCUAAGCAGGCGGCUGACGCUGCUCGAGCGGCUGCACAGAAGGGGCUAUCGUUUGACGAGCACAGUCUUGAUGAAUAUCACAAGCUCAAAGGACAGGCAGCCACGUUAGCCGUGGCAGAGCGGCAACAACGAGAGACCCUGGCACGAGACGAGAAGACGCACAAGCGCGCCAUGGAUCGGACUCAAGACAAGUUUGAUCAAUUGCGCUCCCAGAAGGAGAAGCUCGUAUCCGAUGGGGCUAGCCAAGCGGAGAAGAAAGACAUUGCACAAAAGCGUGUGAAGGAGAUCGAAAAUCAACUUGCAACGACGAAACGGGAACUGAACAACGCAAUCGCAGAGCGUGAUCGUAUCAACCGACUGGAACGUGAACUGACAGAGAAAAUCCAGGACACGCACGAUCGCCUCCUUGAAGCUGGGAUGGAUCAGCGUGAAUCUGAGCGCGAAAUGCGGCUUAAGGAGACUCUGGACGAACUACAACGACUCUUCCCUGGAGUGCGUGGCCGCGUUAUUAAUCUGUGCAAGCCAAUCGCGCGCAAGUACGAUACCGCCGUUUCCAUUGUUCUCGGCAAAGACAUCGACUCGAUUGUUGUCGAUGAGGAGAAACAGGCCAUCGAAUGCAUCGAGUACCUUCGCAAUCAGAGGAAAGGACAGGCUACAUUUCUUCCACUAGAUACUCUGCAGACAAAGACCAUCCACGAGCGAUACCGGAAUGUCUCACGAGGAGCACGGUUGGCGUUCGAACUCAUUCAGUACGAUUCCGCUGUGGAGAAGGCCAUGCUGCAUGUGUGCAGUAACUCUCUUGUAUGCGACACGAUGAAGAUCGCUCAGGACGUUUGCUACAACAAGGGCUUAGAUGUGAAAGCUGUGACUCUGGAUGGCACGGUCAUUCACAAGAGCGGUCUGAUCACUGGUGGCAGUUCGCGGCACAGUAAGGAGCGGAAGUGGAGUGAUGAAGAUACGGCUGGUUUGAAGCGUACACUCGACAAGCUCGUUGCUCAGCUUCGGGAGCUCACACAGUCGAAACCUCGCCAGUCCGUAGACGAAGGACUGCAGACUCGCAUCGCUAAUCUGGGAAGCGAUCUAAGCGCUGCGAAAGACGAGUUAAAUGCUGCUUCUACUCGUUUGACCGGUAUCCAGGAAGAGGCGAAGCACGUCAAUAAGGAACUUAAGGCAGUGCAACCCGAACUGGAGAAGGCUCGCAAAACUCUUGAAAAAGUGCAGAGCGAGGUUCAGGAGUUAGCUGUUGUUAUCGAUGCAGCGGAGGACGAAGUCUUCAAGGCGUUCUGCCGGAAGUACAAGAUCAAAAGUGUCCGAGAGUACGAAGAUCAUCAGCUGAAGGUACAUCAAGAGGUCGAGGAGGCCAGAAUUCGCUUCGAGACACAGAUUUCAAGGCUAAAGCAUCAGUUGGAAUUCGAGACCUCUCAGCUCACGAACACCAAGGAACGACUCGGGAGGCUGGAACAGAUGGCCUCCGAAUCCGAGGCCGCGUUACAGCGACUCCAGCAGCAGAAAGAAGAGGCAGUUGCUGAUAUCACCGAGGAUGAGGAGGCGCUCGCUCAAUUGCGUAAGGAGCGAGGCGAGCUGGCCCAGGCGGAUGAGCAGGAGGCGAAGAAGGUUUCUGAAGCGAAGCGGGCUGCUGGGAAAGCUGCCGCUGCGCUGGACAAAGCCUUGAAGGAGAUUUCUGACAUGAACACUGAGAUAGACAAACUUGCUGCGGAAAGAACGGGCAUAUAUCGCAAAUGCCGCAUUGACGAGAUUAACCUGCCGCUCAAGUCCGGGAGACUGGAGAACGUGCCGAUAGAAGAGAACAUACGGGACGAGAUGGCACUUGAUGAAGACGAAGAUGCUACGCAACAGCCGCAUCAGGUGCAAGAUUAUGACAUCGAGGUUGAUUUCACCGAUCUAGACGACGACGACCGAGAGAACGACACCCCCGAAGCGCUGAGCGAGAUCGAUGCUAGCAUCGCCAAGAUCACCGCCGAGAUCGAGAAGAUGGCACCGAAUAUGAAAGCCAUGGACCGGCUGGAAGACGUGGAGACUAAAUUGCAGGAUGCGGAGAAGGAGGCUGACAAGGCGCGGAAGGACUCGAAGACUGCGCGUGAGGACUUUAAUGAUGUCAAGAAGCGGAGAUGCGACCUGUUCAACAAAGCAUAUAACCAUAUAUCGGACGUGAUCGACAAGGUGUAUAAGGACCUGACCAAGGGCCGUGUAGCACCAGAAGGCGGGUUCGCGUACCUCUCCCUGGAGGACAGCGAGGAGCCCUACCUUGCCGGAGUGAAGUAUCAUGCAAUGCCCCCUAUGAAACGGUUCCGUGAUAUGGAGCUGCUUUCGGGAGGGGAGAAGACGGUCGCCGCACUCGCCUUGCUGUUCGCGAUCCACAGUUAUCAGCCUUCGCCAUUCUUCGUACUGGACGAAGUGGACGCUGCGCUAGACAAUACGAACGUGGCGAAGAUUGCGACGUAUCUACGGGAACAUGCGGGUGAGGGAUUCCAGUUCAUCGUGAUCUCAUUGAAGAACUCGCUGUACGAGAGAGGGAAUUCGCUGGUUGGGAUCUACAGGGAUCAAGAGGUGAAUAGCUCGAGGACGCUUACGCUGGAUUUGACGCAGUAUGAGGGAUGAGAUGUAUGGUUGUAGGCAAGUGUUGUAUUCUAAUGUAACGUAAUGAUG